AUGAUGAGUGGGAGCGUUAAAUAUGCUGUUUUCAGCGGUUGUUGUGCUUCGGCAGCCAGUAUAUUCGGGAAGUUGUCUGGGUUGCCUAUGUUCGAGGGAUUAUUUAUCGUAAGAGUAUUAUUCUUCAUUUUUAUGUUAAUUUGUAAUGCAGGAGUAUGGACACUAUUUGUUAAGGCAUUACAAAACGUGGAAUCAUCUCUAACAGCAACUGUGAUUAGUGCAGCCUCUAACUAUUGUAUGUCUGCUAUCACUGGGUUUUUUAUUUUUGGAGAAAUAACAACUUUAAUAUGGUGGUCAGGCAUGUUUAUUAUUAUAACCGGACUACUGCUUAUUGUAACAGAUCAACCAAAGGAAGACAUUCCCUGUUCAAAAACUUCGUAA